GACGAUUCAACAACAGACCUCUUCAAACAAAACGUAGUGGAGUUGUCGGUUAAGAAAUACUUCGGCAUGGAUACAUCUGUGACGUAAUAAAGUUAUUGCAAUGGCUUAGUUGAGUAUUGCUGGAGAAUAAGAAAAGAAAGCGAAAAGUCGCCACUAAGUCAGUACAUGAGUAGCAUUCUGCAAUGUUUGCUGCAUUUCAGAAAGCAAGUGAGUCACCAAAUGUGUUAUUUCAAUAUUCAUCAGGUUGGAAUUGGGUUCCUGUUGCUGUGUUUUCAGAAAACAACGUUACAACAACAAGUAAUGAGGAUUGUAAUGAUCUACCUGAUCGAUCUUCAAAGCCAUCAGAUUUUAUCUCUGAGAUCUCUCCGAGCAUAAAGCAGCCUGGAGAUUGGUUUGAGAUCCCUCUAUCUUCAGACGACGAAGAUAGAUUCAGUCCGCGUGGAGUUUUGGAGUUUCAAAGAAUUAGCGAAUGCGAAUCUUCUUUAACACCACGCGAUGAUUGUGAAUGUGAUGAAAUACUCGGGAUUAGUCAACAGAAUAAACAUGUACUCCAUAAAUUUUUAUAUCACGAAACAGGCCCAAUCUUCGACUCAAUACCCACCAGCGUCCCUGAACUAUCGUCGAUCGUCACAGAGAAUGCUUUUCAUAGAAAUGAUAUUGCAACAAUAAAGGAAAAUUUAACAUCGUGUGGGAACGCAGAGAAAUAUUUCCUAACACCAGAGGGUGAAUAUCAGGAUAUUGAAAAAACGAAAAAUGAAUCGCCUGAGGAAAAUCGGGAGAUAAAGUUAGUUGAAACGAAUUUGUCAGAUGAAGACUUUGUACAGAAGAAUAUAGAAAAAGUAACUCGUGACGUUGACGAAGUCAAGAUGGCUCAGAUACCUGUACAAAAUACGCAUGCGGGUGUUCAAACUGAUGCGGUCAAAGAUGACUUCUCCGAUACAAAAUCAGCUCUACAGCGUCAACUGGCAGAUGCUUUGAAGGCGCUUGAAAUAACGAGAAGCAAUGCCGACAACAUGCGUGAUCGUAUGCGAACUUACACAUCUAGCAUGAAGCAACAAGCAGAAGAUUUGCGUUCGUCGUCUCGAGCAUUGUCGUCAACGUUAGAUAAAGUAUCAGAAUACAAAGCUAAAUGGAGAGAAGAAAAAAUGUUGAAAGAAGACAUGAUACGAAUAUCUGAAGAACAAGCAUCCAAAAUAGAGGAGUUUAAAGCUGAAGAAGCAAAGCUAAAACUAUUCCGUCAAGGUUAUGAUAGGCUGAGCGGACUUUUGCAGUGCGAUGACCAGUCACAGACCGCGUUUCAACAACUUACUCUGGUAUCAGACAAAGUACGAUAUUUACUUGAUUUAGUUGAGCGAUUGCAAGUGGAGUCUGCUGUCGCCAAGAAAGUUCAUGAAGUCGAAAUGAAUGAACGUCUUGGGGCGCAUGAGGCAGAGAAACAAACUUGGAAUAACUUUCAUAAAAACAAAACUGAAAAUUUUGAAUCCAAAAUCAACAAACUUCAAUUUGAAAACGGUAAACUGAGAUCUGAAAUCACAUCCAUUAAAAAUGAAUUCAAUGAGAUGCGAUCUUUAUUGCGCAAGACGAAUGAUGAGGGUGAUAAUAAAGAGUCAAAAUUGCAGAAAUACGAAAUUCGAAUAAAAGAACUGGAAUGCAUUAUUUCGCAGAAUCAAGAAGAAUUUUUAAAAUCUAUUUCAGACAUGGAAUUAUCGUUGAAAGAAAAAGAAAAUUUUUGUCAAACGCUGGAAAAUGAAAAGAAUCAACUUUACGAGGAGAACACAAAUAUUCAAAACAUUCUUGCCAUACAGAAAUUUCAAGUGAAAGUCGAACAAAAAGAAGACAAAUCGGUUGAGUGUAAUUUUACCUAUAAUGACGCACAAAUUCAUCAAUUUGCCGACUGUGUUGAUAGUUCUUCUCUUCGAUCAUCAGUGAAUACUGACGCUGAAAGAUUUCAAGAUUUGCAAAAUCAAAAUUCUCAAUUACGAGAGCAAAUUAUUGAAAUGAGAGAAAUCAUCGACUUUCGAAAAAGGGAAUUACUUUUGAAAGACGACGAAUAUGCCAGAAUCUAUUCUGAUUUCCGACAUUUGAAAUGGCUUUUUCAUCAACAGGAAAUUAAUGUUCAACAUCUUCGUGCCGAUAAUGCUUCUUUAAAUCACUCCGUUACAAUGUUACAAAAUAACGAUGAUUGUCAAAGAAGUGGGCAUAGUACAUCUAGUUCAGAUGAAAAAUCUCUUACAGGUAACAAUGACUCACCACGAUUGCGGCAGAAAGGCGGAUUAUUCUGGUCUUUCGAAAAACCUGACAGUGAGUCGGACACCGACAGAAUCAAACUUCAAACCAUACCUGAAAGCGCAGAUGAAAAUUUUUCUGAUAACGAGGAAGCUAAUGGCGAGCACUUGCAACAUAGCGUAGCUCAACCUAGUAACCUCAUGGGAAACCUUGAAUCAGAAUUUACUCGAACGAACCCACUAAAUUUUAAUAAAACCAAUUCUGAACCUGAAGAUAAUACAGCAAAUAAAUUCAAAACCUCUACACCAGUGCGGAAGAGAACUUCCUUGUCACGUCCUGCUCGUGAUCACAUUCCAAGCAGCAGUUCUUCUUCCUGUUCAGAUAGUCAAACAAAUCUCAGGCGACCACCGAAGUAUAAACGCACAAAGAACGGUUACAAGCUGCCCAUAUGGAGACAAGAAAAUCCAGAGAAUAAAUAUUCAUGUGGGACAACUAGAAAUGGUAUUUCACAAUUGGCAACUAAUAGUGGAAGUGAGGUUGAAGAAGUCUUUGGAAUGUGUCGUGAUUCGUCUUUUUCGAAGUUAAAUAGUCAUACCUCAUCAACAUGUUCACGCAAAUCAAAAAAUUCUACCCUCACUUCUCUUCAGAUAGAUAAGCAACCGAAGCGGCUUGUGGGAAUUCCAAUGUCUGAGGAAGAAUUUCAAAAACUAGUUGGAUCAUUGAACAUAGACCAGAAACCAGUCACGUCAUCUGAACUCAAUAAUGUGAGUCACAGAAACUUACGAGAAUUAAGCUGGAUGGACGACGGUUACUCUUCAUCGUCAGAGGACUUAAAUUGUCGAAGACAAUUGAGUGAAAUACAGAAUGACCGAUCGACAUACAAUGACAGUAUCGCGACCGCGUCGGACCAGCUACACGCAAAUUUAUUGUUCCCGUACAAUAGUGUAGCUGACGAUUGCUCUGAUGAUACACUUACGCAGGAUAACAGACGUGCAUCUAUUUCCAGUUUGAACGAAAAUUCGAGAAGUCAAUAUUUAGUUAAGUACAAAGGAGUGACAUUCGAUGUAUCUUCAUUUGAUAUUACGAAAAUGCGUCAAAUUGCCUGGGACGUCGGAUUCUCCGAUUCACAAGCUGAAAUGAUCAAAUUUAUUGACUUUUUAGCAAAAGUAGCCCAAGAUUUAGAUGAUAAUCCUAAAUGGACUGGUAAACACUCACUGGGGAAAUCGUCAGAUUGGUUGCAACUCAAAGGACUUUUCCAAUGAUAACGUUCCACUUCACCAUGUGAUUACUUCGCCUGAUCGGAGCGCGUGUUUUUUGAUCAAUUGCAAUGCUUCAGUUUAUCUAUAUUUCCGAGUUAUGUAUUAUGCGUACAACGUACCGGUACAUCAAAACAUAGCGUACCAAUUUUCAUUGAUUUUUUUAUUCGUAACCAUUCAUCAUCUUGAUGUGUUUUGCCGCAGCGAGCAAUUAAUAGAUGUACGAAAGCCAACUUGCACUUACCUAUUUACAGUAUUAUUUAUUACAUAAAUAUCUUUUAUAUUCACAAGAAAUAUACAAGACGGUAGCUUGGACGUUGACAAGCAAUAAUUUCAA